CAGCCCGGGGAGCUGCUCCCAGCACUGGGGGACAAGAUCUGGGGGGAAAAGGGGACGGCUGGUAAGGCUUGGAAGUGCUCUCCUUGUGUGGUGAGGAUGCUGCAUUGUUCAGGAUCGCUCCCAGCAUGACAUUUAACUGCAGAAUAUUUCUAAGUAGAUUAUACAGGGAGAAGAGCAAGGCAGGGGCUGCAUAAAAUGGAAAAUCCUGCCUUUUUAACCUACUGCUCUGGGUUGCCUGGAUGGAAAAUUGCACAUAGAUAUUAAUCUCUCAGUUCAGGAUAAGAAAAAAAUCUUUUCUCAGAUUUUACUAAACCUGGCUGUGACAGAAAUCAGCACAGUGUCCUUAGAGGCAGCAUCAGGAUCACAUUUCCAACUACCUCAGAGUUUCUCUGAUAUUGCCAUCAGAACCUGCAGAGACAAAGCUGCCCCUGGGCAGUGCCGGAGCUGGGAGAGGUCUGCAGGGCAGAGCUGAGCCCCCAGGGCUGGGCUGGGGUAUUUAAAGACCUUGCCAACCCCAACUACUGCAUGAUUACUUUUUAUACAGAUCCCCAUGCCAAGACAGCACAAAUGUCCAACAGCAGCUCCAUCAGGCACUUCCUCCUGCUGGCAUUGGCAGACACGCGACAGCUGCAGCUCCUGCACUUCUGCCUCUUGCUGGGCAUCUCCCUGGCUGCCCUCCUGGGCAACGGCCUCAUCAUCAGCGCCGUAGCCUGCGGCCACCACCUGCACACGCCCAUGUUCUUCUUCCUGCUCAACCUGGCCCUCAGCGACCUGGGCUCCAUCUGCACCAUUGUCCCCAAAGCCAUGCACAAUUCCCUCUGGGACACCACGACCAUCUCCUACACAGGAUGUGCUGCACAGCUCUUCUUCUUUAUGUUCUUCAUCUCAGCAGAGCUUUCCCUCCUGACCAUCAUGUGCUACAACCGUUACGUGUCCAUCUGCAAACCCCUGCACUACGGGACCCUCCUGGGCAGCAGAGCUUGCGCCCACAUGGCAGCAGCUGCCUGGGCCAGUGCCUUUCUCAAUGCUCUGCUGCACACAGCCAAUACAUUUUCCCUGCCCCUGUGCCAUGGCAAUGCCCUGGGCCAGUUCUUCUGUGAAAUCCCCCAGAUCCUCAAACUCUCCUGCUCCAAAUCCUAUCUCAGCGAAGUGGGUCUUAUUGGUGUUAGUGUCUGUUUGUUAUUUAGUUGUUUUGUGUUCAUAGUUUUCUCCUAUGUGCAGAUCUUCAAGGAUGUACUGAGGAUCCCCUCUGAGCAGGGACGGCACAAAGCCUUUUCCACCUGCCUCCCUCACCUGGCUGCGGUCUCUCUGUUCAUCAGCACUGGCAUGUUUGCUCAUCUGAAGCCCUCCUCCAACUCCUCCCCAUCCCUGGAUCUGGCCCUGUCAGUUCUGUACUCAGUGGUGCCUCCAGCCCUUAAUCCCCUCAUCUACAGCCUGAAGAACCAGGAGCUCAAGGCUGCAGCAUGGAGACUGAUGUCCGUACGCUUUCAGGAAUGUUAAAAUCCUGGCGAAUUUCUGCAAAUCACUUGUAAUAAAACUCAUCUUUGACACUUCUUGUUGGCUUCAUUUUGGAGGUUUUUUCCUUUGUUUUACUUUUUUCAUGUUGUCCAGCAAAAAAUGUCAUUUUAUGUGCAUUUUUCAUUUUGUUUCUC